AUGAGCGACGUAGAUGCGUCAAGCUCCGUCCAUGAUGAGCCCGUGCUGGUAGAUGUGCCAGGCGCACGUACAGACUUAGGCCUAGCACAUCAUCAUGAUACGCCUGAUACAGGCUCUCCGGCCCCCACAGAGGCGUCAGUGCCCAAUGUCACCAUCCCUUCACACCGUUUGCCCCCGGGGUUUCGUGGGCCUAUACCUCGCGCACAUGAUGCCGAAGACAUUGCCCCUGUGCCUGUAUGGACGCCAUGCACAUCAGAGACACUGCCUGAUGGAUUGGGCUUGACUCCGCAUUUGCCUAUGAACAAAGGUGGCUGGCGAUACAUGGCGGCUGGGCCGUCAGCGCACACGUUGCCGUGGACCGUGUAUCGUAGUCUUGAAAUCGCCCCGGAAGGCGUGCACUGGUCGUGGCAGGAUCGCAGUGCAUUUACGCGUAUCAGCCAAGACGCGAUGGUGGUAGGAGCAGACAAGGGAUUUCGCUCUGUACGGACGAAUCUCGGUGUUCGAGAAGGUGCAUGGUACGUCGAACUAGACGUUCUGCCACCCGAUGCGUCCAGUAUGCCUACGAAGCCUAUGCGUGAUGGGCCUCAUGUACGCCUUGGAUGGGGCCGUCGUGAAGCGUCGCUCAAUGCGCCCGUAGGCUGGGAUGCCUACAGCUACGGCCUUCGUGAUCAAAAUGGCGCGUGUGUAUCCAAAUCACACCUGGUCCCUCUGGGCCGUCCUUUUGGGCCUGGAGAUGUGGUGGGUAUGUACAUCCGUCUACCGCCUGUGGAUGCAGCGCGGGCGCCAGGAACAGAGUCGCGCAUCCAGCAAAAACGGAUCCCUAUCAGAUACAAGGGCCAGCUGUACUUUGAAAGCUUAGAGUAUGCACCGACGCGCGAAAUGCUGGCUUUGAUGGAUGAGCAGCGAGGCAGUGGGUCUGUGUGGACCUCGACAACUACGUCGCAAGCUGAUGAAAAACGACCUCGUGGACGUUCUGCGCCCUCGUCACACGAGCGACAGCAGCCAACAUUGCGGCCCCUUCCUACGCUUGAAGAUAGCUGCAUUGGGUUUGUUGUGAAUGGCGAACCACAGGGUAUGGCCUUUACAGAGCUGUACGACUAUCGUCCGCUCCUUCCCAAACCAAAAAAGCGGCGGCACCCCAGUGAGAUAACGGCGCAUACCAACAUUAGUGCGAUAUUGAAGAGCCGUGAAAACGAGCUGGACGAUGGUAUGUUGGGCUACUAUGUCAUGGCGUCUAUGUACGGCGGUGCACGAGUGCGUCUUCGUACAGACGAAUUCCGAUACCCGCCGCCCGCCGAUUUGGAGGACCAGUUAUGGCGCGCUGGCUGCCCGUCCGGGGUCUCUGCGCAGCGACAAACAGCCGCGCCCCCUUGGAAACCGCUCGCAGCACGGUACCAGCAAGCACUUGACGAAGCUCGACACUUGGACCUCGCUGAAGAAGCCAGCUAA